ACAAAUGAGAAAGAAAAAUAAGAAACGCAGAUCAGUAGCCCAUAAGCGCCCAUGUUGGUGUGCAUACUCGAUAAACAGGAUAAAACAUCGCACAAAAACCUGCUCAAGACUUGAGGUCCAACGUAAAAUCCGCGAUACAGACGAGAGUGUAAAGUAUAUUAUUCUUUGUGUGCAGUUACCUGCACACCCAUACAAGUACAGUUAGGAUGAACAGACUCCGCCCUAACUUUUUCUUCUUUUUUCUUUCUUUUUUUUUUUUGUUCUUCUUUUUGGAAUGCACAGUCCCGUGCUUCAGCAUUCUGUGAGAUAUGGAUUCAGAGUUUCAGCGGAGCAGACAAGAGUCCUAGCAGGGGGUGCCGCGUGCUUGCUUUGCGUGAGGCGUGUUCACCGUUCACAUCUCCUUUACCCUUCUUCAUCCGACGUGGCAGUCGCUAAGCAGCUCGCAGAUGUAGUUGAGGAAAGAAAAGACAAGAUUUAUGUUGAUGUUUUUCCCGCGUGGCGUCAAUAACACACAAGGUCCCUGGGGGGCUCCUGGGUGUGUAGUCAGUCGUGGGCUGCACACCAUCUGGAGAGGACUAGACAAAAACCUUCUCAUUCGGAAUCAAUGCGCUUAUUAUAAAUUGUACUUUAGCUUACUGCAGCAAAACCUUUCAUGAUCACAUUGAUGGGCAGAUGGUGCGUAGGUUGACACGUUUUGAAAAAAAGAUAGAUUAAUGAGGAUGAAGUAGAGAGGCAAUAAAAAAAACCACACCUGAAGCUUCAUACCUGAAAAAGUGUCCUGGCUCACUUACGUUACUCGUCUCUGUGGAUUCAUGGACUUUUCUUUUGAGCAAUCCCCACUCAGUUGAGCUCUAUUUUUUCGUUGAUUCGGUGACCUGCACAUACCUGAACAGGAGGAUGUUGCGCCGGCGCAUGGGGAAGAUGACCUUGCUGGUCAUGAUCACGCUGACCGUGGUCAUUCUCGUGCUGUACGAAAACCUUCACCUGGCAGGAAGCCCGCUGAAGAACGGACACAGGGAGUUGAUGCAGGCCGUCCAGCUCGACGCCUUGCAGGAGAACGUCGACCCACGGCUCUUGUACCAGACGACCCAAGUCACGGUGGCCACCACCACCUCCGCCCCAUCUAGUGCCUGGGAUCACAGCGUGUACGCCCACCGACGUCAGCAGUGCGAGAACACGUGCGUGAGGCUGCGCGAGGGCGGGGUAGUGCGGACCACGCGACACGGCAACACGUCGUACUGUGUGGUGCCCAAGGUGGGCUGCACCUUCUGGCUCAACAUCUUUCGCUACCUCUACAACGACACCGGCGACCGCACCUACUCCUCGCCCUACGACAUCCCGCGCAUGGUCACGCACUAUGCACCGCUCAAGAGGAUGAAGAUGUACACCAUCAACAACACUUUCACGCCCCCCAACCUGUCCACCGACCUGCGCUUCAUGUUCGUGCGGGAACCUUACAGCCGCCUGUGGUCGGCCUACGUGGACAAGUUCCUGCUGGUGGAUUACUGGCGCUCCGAGGGCCAGCGCAUCGUCAAGCAGCGGAAGGUUAAGGCCAACGCCACAACUCCCAUCAACAAAUGCGCGCACGAUAUCAGCUUCCGGGAAUUUGCCGAGUUCGUCGUCUCGAUGCAGCCGGCGCAGCUGAACGAGCACUGGAAGCCCAUCCAGCACCUUUGCAGCCCCUGCAUCUACCGCCCUCACGUGGUGGGCAAAAUGGAAACCUUUGCGCAGGACUCGGGCUUCCUGCUAGAGCACAUGAACCUGUCGUGGGUGCUGGCCUCCUACGAGCACGAAAAACACGUCUAUGACGAGAUGGACAUGCUCAUCGACUACAACUUCCAGCUGCUCAACCACAACUUCUACAAGAACUGCACGAACGCCACUGACAUAGCCGACCGGCUGUGGAGGACGUUUCAGAUCAAUGGCUACCUCCCUGAAGAGAUAGCAUUCCCGCAGGACAAGGCGGUCAAGCUCAACGCCACUGCGUUCAAGGGAAUGGUUCACGAGGCCUUCCGGCACCGUCCCAAAAAGUCUCCCGCCGAAUGGCGUCAGCAGCGAGAGGGGGCGAUGGUAGCAGCGUUUAAGCAGCUGUCCACGGACACGCUGGAGAAACUCCACAACCUGUACGCCAGUGACUUCGAGCUGUUCGGUUACGACCCCAGACCCGACAGUUUAUUCAAGGACAGAAUGACCAACACCACCAGUUCCUGACGAGCUGAGGUCACCGAAAGAAAAGCUCCAGCUGUGCUGGUGGUCUGACAUACUGACAUUUCCUUUCUCGCAAUUUCUGGGAGGGGAGCACGUGGAUGUUUCCAGUUGAUGACUUUUGUCAACUGUUAUUGCCAGUAUGCGGGAUCAUAUGUAAGUUUACCACAUUUUUCGUGGACUAAAGCUUUUCUGGCAACUCGGCGGGUGAAGACUGAUAAACAACAUAGGGUCUUCGGCAGUGAAAUGCUUUCGUCCCUAUGCGAUUGCCGUCACCUGUUCUUUUUAAGUGCCUAUUGUAGGUCUAUCUAGGGAUCAGAUCUCUCAGGAAAGCAAUGUACUAUCGAAUACUGCGACAGCAGCGACAAUAUUUUUUUCUGUCAUGUCUCUAAGUCAUAGUGCCAUGCCAGUAUCCAAGAUCAUUCUAAUUACUGUAUAACAAACUACCAAGCAAACGGCGUAUCAGACCACUCUUCUUUCAUUGCCGUAUGUCUCGAUUAUCCAUUCCAUGGAUUUAAACAGAAAAAAGGCAUUAUCUCCAUUUAUCCACAAAACGCUUGCACUCAUAUUUUUUGGGAUUAUGCUUAUAUCUUGUCUUGCACUAGUCAGAUGAUGCGAGCAUUGUCAUUUUUGUUUGCCUGCUUCACGUCUUCCAUAUCAUAUUCAUCGUCGAUGUCGUUUCUGGUCACGCAUGCAAGAUUUUGAUGUCCAUGUGAUGUCUUGUACAGCGAUGAAAGGUGCUGUUGUAAUGACCACUGUCAGCCGACAUAAUGCGGCGCCUGUGAGCUAUCACUCCUUUUAUCAACAAAUAUUUUUUGACCAAAUACAUUUUCUAAGAUUUUUACGCUCAAAUUUUAAUGUUGCGAAAUGUAGAGCGCUAGCGGCUUAGGAACUUUUCCUUUGACAUGAACUUGUGCAAUGGGAAGAAACUAAUGAUGAAUGCUGAAUAUUUAACAGUGCCGCCCGCGGCUUUACGCAUGAUGUGUUGGGUUGGGUUGUGGGAAUAAAGGGUUGGGAAAACAAUGGGCGUUCUGUUUUGUUUUAAAGGGACAGUUGGAGAGAUAGUAUCGGUGGAGGCGAAAUCGUGAAAUUGUAUGCAAUAAACUAGAACUCUCUGGACGACAUUAAGAAAAAAGCUCGCACCUUUAUCAUGAAUAGACGCGCGCACACGCACAAUUAUCCUCUCGAUUGAGUAGGCUCAGCAAGAUACAUGUGAACGUGUAUUGUGGUUAACUUGUGAUGUAACUUACAGGAAGAAGACCCAUUUAUUUUCAUUUUUGUCUGCAAUAGCUCUUGACAGUGUACAAAUAUAUUACUCUCUGCACACUUAGAAAGUUGCACAAGACGGAGAACUUCCACAGGUGAGCAUUUUCAGUUCGAGAUACAGAAACAUCUUGACAAACUUUCAUUCUUGGCUUCAGACAUGCCUACGGCCAAGCCUACUUGAACUUUAGAACAAAAAUUUUAGGAAAGAAACGCCCCGACAAACGUCUCUCUUUAGUAUUUCCAGACUGAAAUGCUUUAUGUUGACAGUAAAUGUCAUCGAGAAUAUACAGUUUUUCUUACUUAUGGAGAUUAGUACAUUAUUUGUGAUAAUUUAAAUGCUUUAUCUUGUCCGAUGGGACUAGUUACUUGUUAUAGCAUUUAUAUACUUUAACUAAUUUACCAAAUGGAAGCUCGGUACUCGGCUUCUAAUUAAAGAUGUGAUUUUCUUUCCA